CGGGGGAGGCCAGGGUUGGGAGAACUCUGAAGGGGAAACAGGAUUUGAUUUCACUGACUGUUGUCCCUGUCCUCCCAACCUCCUUCAGGUACAUGGUGCGGGUCCGAGCCGUGGUGAUGGCCCGAGAUGACUCCAGUGGGGGCUGGCUGCCUGUGGGGGGCGGGGGCCUCAGCCAGGUGAGCGUUUGUCGGGUCCGAGGGGCCAGACCCGAGGGGGGGACCCGCCAGGGGCACUACGUCAUCCACGGGGAGCGCCUCCGGGACCAGAAAACCACCUUGGAGUGUACCCUGAGGCCAGGCUUGGUUUACAACAAAGUAAACCCUAUCUUCCACCAUUGGAGCCUGGGAGACUGCAAGUUCGGACUGACAUUUCAGAGUCCUGCAGAGGCUGAUGAGUUCCAGAAGAGCCUGCUGGCUGCACUGGCUGCUCUGGGCCGAGGUUCGCUCACUCCCUCCUCUUCCUCCUCCUCCUCCUCCUCCCCUUCCCAGGAUACUGCAGAGACUCCCUGCCCUCUGACGUCCCACGUGGACAGCGACUCGUCUUCUAGUCAUAGCCGCCAGGAGACGCCUCCUACCGCUGCGGCAGCCCCCAUCAUCACCUUGGAGUCAGCUUCUGCCUUCGGGCCGGCCACGCCCCCCCAGCGCCGCCGCUCCUCUGCUCAGAGCUACCCUCCGCUCCUACCGUUCACCGGGGUUCCAGAGCUCUCGGAGCCGGUGGCUGGGGCCGGAGGCCAGGGCUGGGGCGGACGCGGCUAUGAGGAUUACAGACGUUCCGGGCCUCCCACACCCCUUGCCCUGUCCACCUGUGUGGUGCCUUUCGCCAAGACUGGCACACUGAGGGGUGCAGCCCUGGGUCCCCCAGUAUCACUACCUGCCCCUCUCACGGAAGCUGUGCCCCCUGCACCCCCAGCUCGCCCACCCCCGGGCCCGGGCCCUACCCCUGCACCCGCCAAGGCCUCCCCUGAGGCUGAGGAGGCAGCGCGCUGCGUGCACUGCCGAGCGCUCUUCCGCCGCCGCGCAGAUGGGCGUGGUGGCCGCUGUGCAGAGGCUCCAGACCCGGGUCGCCUACUUGUGCGCCGACUCAGCUGCCUGUGGUGCGCCGAGAGCUUGCUCUAUCACUGCCUGUCGGACGCCGAGGGCGACUUCUCGGACCCGUGUGCCUGCGAGCCAGGCCACCCUCGCCCUGCCGCGCGCUGGGCUGCCCUGGCCGCGCUCUCCCUGGCGGUGCCCUGUCUCUGCUGCUAUGCCCCCCUGCGUGCGUGCCACUGGGUCGCUGCGCGAUGCGGCUGCGCAGGCUGCGGGGGUCGCCACGAGGAAGCUGCGCGGUGAGGACCGCCUGGUGGGUCCGGUUGCCGGACCUGACCAAGGACCCCAACUUGAGGGUCCAGGACUCCAGACUCAAAACUCAAACCCAAACCUAGGCACAUUUGGAACUUGAAGCUUGAGUUUGGAUUGAGAAUUUCCAGUCCUGGAACCUGGACCCUAAGUCUACGACUGAGCGACCCCAGACCCACUUUCAUUGGGAUAUCUGUCAAGAGCACCCAGGCCUGAGUUCUGGAUUCUCCAUCCUUCUUCCCUACUGAGGAGACUCCCUACAUCCCCGGACUACAUUUCAGAGGGCCUGGGAAGCACACAGAUCCUUGAGAGAUGCAGGGACCUCGAACCCUGACUCCUUACGCAUUUGACCAACCCAGACCCCAAUCACACCUACCACCAUAACCCUCAGAUUACAGCCCCAUAAUUUGGAGUUGCCAAUACCUGUCCCUGCCUGUAUCCAGUUACUCCCAGAUCUUGAGACCAUAGGACCCCAAAUCACCCCCAAAUGGUCCCCGAAUGUUCAUAUGAGACCUGGCACACCCACAUAUGAGAUGUUCUUGUAGCUGCAGGACCUGGAGACACCAAACCCUCUGUGGUUUGAGACUCUGAUAUGGUCUGGAAUCACCAGAGGCUGGCCUCAAGUCUACUCACCACUGAGUGCCCCACAGACCUGGCCUUUGAUCCAAGAUACUAGGUCUAACUUGCCCAUGUGACCCCAGAUGUCCUCGGACUGCAGAGUUAAGAUGCAUUGAGUUCUUGGAUAUGCACAAACAUGAGAUGUUCUCUGACCGAAAUGAUUUGGGAGGCUCAUCCCAAACUUCACAGGCACCAGACACCAAGAUGCUGUGGGAAUAAGGGAUUGAAGACUGGUGUGGAUUCGCCUACUCCCAAGCCAGGGUUCUUGGGGGCUUUGGAUCUCAUAUGAACUCUGAGGUGUAUUAUAUUCCCUGACUUUAUCACUGAAGGCCACAAACACCUCAGGGCUCAAGACGCUGGUCUCAAGUCUUCAAAUAACCCUCUUCCAGUUCACCUUGGACCUGAAUGUUGAGACCCAAGAUGUCCUGGAAUCUUUGGCUUCUUUCUACCCACAGAUCCCCAGUCUCCUAAAGGCCAGGUGGGAGUCCAGCUCCUAGAAGACGGGAUGGCAACCCAGACCUCAACCCCUUGGCCUCCAGCUCCUGAGUGAUCCCAAGGUGCUUUAAGAGCACUGGAUCCAAGACUCCAAGGUGCCAUCGACCAUCAGAUGCAGGGCUCAAGCCCUGACAACAUUGGGAUUGUUCUUGAUUCAAGAGCUUGGUCCUUCCAUACCACAGUCACUCAGAUCCAAGAUGCCCCAGGACCCUAGCACCCUCAGAUGCCAGAGUUCUUGGACUCAAACUUCUCUAGCCUGAUGCAGUCCCAAGAUGCCUCUGCACCUGAUUCCCCAGGCUUGGCUUGUGCAGCCUCAGAACUGUUACCCUUUGAAUCCACCACCCAAAGGCCCCUGAAACCCCAAGUCCCCAGACUUUGGAAUUCUGGUUUCCAGGACCCCAGCCCAAUACCCUCACAAUCGUCAGAAUUGCCCUUUAUCCUAAAGUUCAUCACUUUGAACUCAGAUGCCUGGAAUCCAGGGCUACCCAGGAGCUCCCAUUCCCACCUCCAGGGCCCACUGUCACCACAGAGGAUGGUGCAGACUGUUCACUAAGCAAAGCACCCAGCUGCAGUGGUGUUCUGGGACUGUGAUCCACACUGAAGUCUGCUGGCCAAGAUGGGCUCUCAGAGGAAGGCCUGCCUUUUUCUCACUUGCACAAAGGCGCCUUUUGGGUGAGCUGUGGUUCUGCUGGGACCCCUGUAAUCCCAGCCUUGUAGCUCUCCUUCGGGCCCAGCCCUGAGCCCUGGCUGUGGUCCAAGUCCAUCUUCAUGAGCCUCCUUUUCCAUCUCAGAGCUGGGGGUGGUUUUGGAAAGCUUAAAAGCCUGCUUCAUGGCCCUUCCCCUUAUGGGGAAUGGGAAUGCUACAGUCUCUGCCUUGGGUAGAGUGGGGUGUCCAAGCAUACCUUAAGAUCUGUCGUCUUGAAUGAUGGAACCAAGGUCUUAGAACAAGACAGUCCCAAUGUUUUGCAGGCUUGGGACCUGCAUCUGGCCUCAAGCAUCUGGAAAUGUGCAUUUACCUUUAUCACCCAGACUUGGAUGGCCUUGUGGGGGUUCAAGGGAUAGAUCCUACUGUCACUUCCUUUAAAUUAUUAACUAUUUAUUGUAUCCGGAACCUGUGAGAUUCAGCUCUCCCAACCAGACCCUGGGAUGGGUGAGAAAAGGGGGGGUGUCCCUCCCAUCCCUACUCUGCCCAGCUCUCAUCACUGUCAGACCCACCAGAGCUGAGGGCGGAGGGGCUGGGGGCUGGGGAAGCCUGGGUCCCCAUCCCCCUCUCUGUGCCUCGGUCUCCCCCCUUCCAUGGUGGGCGGGGGGAAGCUCCAUUCUUAACCUACCUCGUUUUGGGGAGGGGUGGGACAGGAGACUAGAGUGCUGUAUGGUGCUGUGGGAUUUUUGGAUGAAGCAGUGGGGGCUGGGACCCCAGCCCCCACCUCCCAGCACCGCCUCUCCCAGGUCUCCCAGUCCUAUUCCCUGCUGAUACCCACCUCUGAUCCAUGAUUACCCUUCAUCACCCCCAAAUCAGGGGUGCAUGAAGGGCUGACCCUGGGAGCCAGGAAGACCUUACACCCUGGAGCACCCAGGCCCAAUUUCCCAGCUGCUCGCCCCUCAGAUUGGAUGCUUGGCCCCCAGACUUGGGGGAGGCACCCCAACAUUUAUCUUCCUGAUCUUGAUUCCAAGCCAGUCUGUGACCUCAACAUUGUUAGUGUCAGUGCAGGCUGAAGUGGUGGGGAGGAUGGGGCCAAAGACCCAGCCUUGUCAUCGGGGGAGGGGGCACGAGAUCUGCUCCAAGAA